GUAUAUAUCAUUUUGAUGGCCAAUCAAUCACCGGUGAGAAGGUCUUUCAGAUUAAAAGACAAACCGAAGCCAGAAUAUGCGUUUAAUAAUUUCUUGAAGAAAGACUACGUUCACCCGGAGGUUGUUGAGACGAAUAAAAAAUAUGAUGAUAUUUUCUCGAGUGUCAUGGAAAACGCUAUAUCGAUGCAUGUAGUAAUGACACAACAACGCGCGGAAAAACGUCGACAUGGAGGGUCUGAAGAAUCAUCAGAUUCUGAGGAUUCAGAUAGUGUUGCUGACGAUUCUGAUGGAGCAACUCAUGGCUCAAGACUUGAAGAAAUGCAAGAACGAUUGAAAAUUUUGGGAUCAAAACGAUCAAAACCAGAAAUUCCCAUAAAAGAUCUCGAAGUCGUUCCAAAAUUAGAAGAAGAAGCUGAAGAAGAGGAUAUGGAUAUUCAAAUUCUGCCAUCUCCACCGAAAAUGUAUGCCUGUUCGUGUGGAAAACGAUUAAAAACGCAUUCUGAUUGUCAUAAACAUAUUUUCGACGAGCACGGAGAUCACGACAUCAAAGCGGAUUGCUUAGAGUGUGGAAACCGUCUCAAUGAUAUUCGAACGAACAAUCAAUGCUCAGUAUGCAAAAGCUACGCCGAAAAUGUCGAAGAACACGAAAAAUCACAUUAUCGAACAAGUACUAGUAAGCAUGCUGUGAUGGAGUGCCGCUACUGUGUCAGACAAUUCAGAACCGUAAAGGAAGUAAUCGAGCACGAAAAAGAGAAGCAUUUGGCAAAACCUCUCCGAAAAACGCAAUUUUUCAAAUGUAACGAAUGUUCCGUUGUAUUCACAAGUCAAGAAGUUCUCACUGGUCAUUACGGUGAUCAUGUUGACCUGAAUCUCUUGAAUGACAAGAUCGAAGAAUUGCAGUAUCAAAUUGAAGCUCUAAAAGAAGAAUGUCCAUUCUGUCGAAUCUUCAUGGCUUCACGUAAAUCUUUCCGUGCUCAUCUUCUAAAACAUCAUUGGCUUGCUUGUAAGUCGCUGGCUUCUGUGGUACCGACAGAUGAAGAAAUUAAAAAAGAAAUUGAUGAAUUGACGGCGUCAAUGGUGGAUGAUGAAGAUGAUGAAGAUGUUGAUAUAGAAAUAAUUGAAGUGAAAAAAGAAGUGAAGGAUGAGAUUCAAGACUAUGGAUAUCCAGCUUCUUAGACUUUCGAACGAGACAUCUUAUCAGAUAGCAUAUCACAAAAAUUCGAGCGUUUUUGAUUCAAAUUCCACCAGCUCAAGAUUUUUCUAAAAUAGUUUCAAAAUUUAUUCAAAAAAUUAACUUUAGUGUCAAAAUAUUUUUUAAAAAUUGAUUUAUCUGAAAAUAACUUGUAUUUUAGUUGAAAACAUCGUAGAGAUUUAAAAAAAAGCUGAAAACUAAAAUUUUGAAAACUAAAAAAAUUAUUUUCAGAUCAAUCAAAUAUUUUUCUAUAUUUUGACACUAAGUUUUUAUUUAAAACCUUUGAUCAACGAUUCUUUUCAAAGGAGAUUGAAAAAUUGAAAUACAAAAAAAUUAGUUUUUAAAAUAAUUUUUUUUGAAAAAAAAAAUAGCCCAAAUUUUAUUGUUCUAUUUUUCGAAAAAUCGUAAUAUUUUCGAAGGAUCAUAAAACCGGCAGCAAUAGGCCAUUUGAUAUACUUUCCUUCUCCGAAACACCCAGAAAAUCAUGAAUAAACCUCGAUUUCCGCAAAAAAAUGCACUAAAAAUGCAAAACUGAAAAUUUCCAAAGAUUUCAGAAUUUAUGUGAUAAGCUAUCCAAACAAUGUCUCGUCUUGUCUAAAAUCCACUUUUCUUUGAAAUUAUGCGAUAAUCCUGUAUAUUUAUUGCUAAUAAUUUUGUUUCGAUUCAUAUUAUUAAUUUUCAGAUGGCUCUUUUACUUUAUCAUUUUUAUAUUCUCCUGGGCUGGUCCCAUUCCCCUGUCUCCAUUAUCCCUCUGUACAAUCAUUCAGUCAUUUAUGGCCCCCCCCCCCCCCUCCCCACCUAUAAUUUAUUCAUUUUUUUGUGUUGUAAUUAUUUCUAGAGGUCCUAUUCAGGGCUAAUCUAGCGUGAUUUGAGCAGUUUUUAUUCAAUUCUGAACGCAUUUUUUCAAUUAAAAUUAGUAGUUUUUUGAAAGAAAUAAUAAAAAGAGCAUUUCA